AUUAAACGCCAACCCUAGAUCACAAAACCUAACGACUCCGAGACCUCCAUGGAUCCACUCUACCAUGUCGUCAACACCAUCCCUUACUCCUUCCUCCGGCCACCGCGCCUCCGCCUCAAACUCCCAACCAUAACCCUCCCUUCCCCUAUGACCGUCUUCUCACUCGUCCUUCUCACCUACUUCAUGGUUGUCUCCGGCGUUGUCUACGAUGUCAUUGUUGAACCUCCAGGCAUCGGAUCCACUCAAGAUCCACGGACUGGCACCGUCCGACCAGUCGUCUUCAUGUCCGGCAGAGUCAACGGACAGUACAUUAUCGAAGGGCUUUCUUCGGGCUUCAUGUUCGUGCUUGGAGGAUUGGGGAUUAUUCUUAUGGACCUUGCGAUCUCCCCGAAUCGUGCCAAGAGUCUCAAGAUCUCGUUUGCAGCUGCUGGGAUCUCGUUCCUGGUUAUUGCCUAUGUCAUGAGUAUGCUCUUUCUUCGUAUUAAAAUUCCGGGAUAUCUCCGUUGAUCGUAGAUUCUUUUCCAAUCGGAAAAAGGUGCUUAUAAUGUUUAUGUUUUAUGAUCUAGUAGACUGCCAGCAGUUGGAAUUUUGAAUGUUCACAUUCAUACUUUGGUUAAUUACUUUAGAUUGUUGAAUAUGAAACAGAACCGGAUUGUAGAUUGUCAAAAAUGUUCAUCUUCCAUCCGUUAAAUUCCAAGGAUUGGGGAAAAGGGGAAGAACAGAGUUUGUAUGUGUGAGUUGGGAGUUGAGAGGUCCAAGGUGUUUAAGCUUAAAAUGGUGAUGGUGUUGACUGUUUGAAGUAAUUUGUAGGCUCAGUUAUUGAUCUUAAGUAGAUAUGCUUUAAAUUCA